AUGCCUCUCCUCGAACUUCCCGACGACGUUCUUCCCAUCGUCCUAGCCUAUCUGGAUCCGAAGGACUACCUCGCAUUUUGUCGGGCCUCGAAAGCUGUAUACUCGAAAUAUCGACAGGAUCCUGUUUAUUGGAGACACGAGGCUUCGAAUACGUUCCGCCUCCCAAUUAGCCCCCUUCUUGCCGCCGAUGGCCCUCGCUGGUACUGGCUAUACAAACGACUCAAGACCCAGACUCGGCUUUAUACCUGGGGUCAAGGAUUGAGAGGGAGCUUGGGGCCUGGAAGAGCUCUUUCGGUGCCUCGCCGACCGCCGACUCAUUUGCCGCCUCAUCUCCCCCAGAGGGUCCUCCCUCGGAUCCCCGCACGUCCUCACCAGAUACGCCCUUAUCCUGGCAGGGCUGCUUUCCAGCGAACUUCCUCCAGCUGGCCUACAGAAGCUCAUAUCGACGACGACGUAGGGGUGAUAGCCGAUCUCCAAUGUGGAGGCUGGUCCACUACCAUUUUGUCCUCUGAUGGUAAGCUGUACACCACUGGUUCAAUAGAUUCCAUGGACGGCAGAGUGGUGGGCGAAUCUUCCAACCAUUUUCAGCAACUCGAGUAUCUAACUCAGAGUACUUCCGCGAUCCGCCAAUUUUCUUCAGGUCGUCGCCAUAUUCUGGCACUCACGGAUGAUGGGAAAAUUCUCUCCUGGGACAGAAUCAACGCGAAAGGUCUCAUGGUCUUCUCAAGGAGUGGGACUGAUUUUGGUGGAAAGCCCGUUCGAGUUGCUGCUGGCUGGGCAGAGAGCUCUGCCUAUGUGCCAGAGAUAGGUAUUGUCUAUUGGACUCCAAUUCAAAAUGACCACUCAGACGAAAUGCUGGAUGGAAAAGAAGUUAAAGAGAAGGUUGUUCCAGGAACCGCCAGGCGAAGAACCGAGACUGGAGACGUGGAAGUCCUUAAGCACGUCGUUCUUGAAGAAUAUGUCGUCUGGAUCACGAACGAGUCCAAGAUCUACGCAUGUGCCCUGCACGUCGACCACCCCGAUCAGCCGGGUCCAACUCACCCUCCAUUCGAACUACCGGGUUUCGACGGACCAGGUCGUGAAUUGAAGGAUGUUCAAGGCCAGUUUCAUAGGUUUGGCGUUUUCACAGCCACAGGCGAAGUCCUUGCGGGUGACACGAGCUACAUCAGACGUUGUGGUGAAGCCGUCCGACACCAUCCCGACUUAUUAUCGACAAACGAUUGGUCUACCAUGACGGCGUUGCUUGCCUCCAGACCUCAGGACGUGCCCGCCAUGCAGCGCACGGGCGUUAUAGCACUGGCUUAUGGUGACUACCACUACCACGCCCUGCACGCUGACGGCAAAAUCACAUCAUACGGCACGGACUCUCAAAGCUGUGGAUCUCUAGGCCUUUCCGGCCCUGAUCAGGGUGGUCGUUUCCGUGGUCUGCGUCGAGAAGGACGUAAUCCCCGAAGUGAUGCUCAACUGCUUCCUAUCGCCAACAUCCGUGGUCGUCAAAUUUGGUUUGAACCUGAACGGAAGGACUGGCUGCAAUGGAUGGAAGACCAGCUAACCCAACCACAUCUCGCCGUCAACGGCCAGCCAGCUCGUCAUAUCUGGGACACUGAUACAGUCAAGCAAGCUGCUUUCAGCGAGUGGGUCGAGCAAGAAGGCAAACAUUGGGAGGAAGGACCUGCGAGCAAGAUGAUCACAGAGCCACUUGCCAAGGCACCAGAGAACCACACUACAGGGGACUACGCAAAUCUCGGAUCCUACUUCCCAAUUGCUAUUGCAGCUGCAGGCUGGCACAGCGGAGCUUUGGUGCUUGUUGACGAGGACAGAGCGCACGAGGUACGCAGCAAGUGGGCUGUGCCGCGGCAAGAAAGCGACGACGACAAGACGCGCUCAAUGCCAGGUGCAUUUGAGAGCCUCGAUCUCGACGAGGUAUACGUUUGGAAGAGAGAUGGGUUUCCCAAAGUACAGCUACCGAAUGGGUUCGAAAUGCCCGGCGACGGUGAGCCGAGGCCUUGGAGAGACGGGAUGCCGACUAUGCAGGAGCUUGGCCUGGAAUGA